ACUCCUUCUGUCCUACACUCCCUGACCCACCGCGGGGAGAGGGGAGGUUUGGGCCAGACGCUCAAGGGGGGCGGACCGUGGGGCCCCUUAUCCCCGCUGUGGAUAAUUGUCCUCUCCAAUCCCCCCCCGGCGUUGGUUCGCGCUGUGGGACGCGGAGGCUGGUGCUGGGUGCAAAGCUUUCCCACCCAGGCGCAGACCCUGCCAGUCCCGGGCCGCGGUCGGUCGUUGCCAGCUUUCGGGUAGAUGCUGCGCUCCGGCGUCAUGCGGCUCGCGGUCCGAGUCGUUUAUUGUGGUGCUUGAGGCUACAAGCCUAAGUAUCUUCAGCUCAAGAAGAAGUUGGAAGAUGAGUUCCCUGGGUGCCUGGACAUUUGCGGCGAGGGAACUCCCCAGGUUACUGGGUUCUUCGAAGUAACGGUGGCAGGGAAGUUGGUUCACUCCAAGAAGAGAGGUGAUGGCUACGUGGACACAGAGAGCAAGUUUCUGAAGCUGGUGGCCGCCAUCAAAGCCGCCUUGGCUCAGGGCUAAUGGACCCUGAAGGCAGAGUCCCGUGACCUGGGCCCCGCCCCUCUCGGCAGACGCUUCAUGACGGGACGGACUGAAAUGUCUCGUGGACGCAGGUCUUUCCCCGAUGUUCUGUGGCCGCCGGGCGGGGCAGAGAUGGAUGCCCCUGGUCUUUGCCUGUGUGCGUGCGUGCAUGAGUGUGUCCCCCCAGAAUCUAGCUGUGUAUACCAGCCCUCCUCCUCCCCAGUCCCCUGUUCACCCUCUCCCUGUCUCCCCGCUGGUGUUUCUGCUCCGAGCUUCCUUCUCAAGGCGGAGCCUAGAAAGGGAUCCCGAUGUGUGAGGCUCAAGUUUCAGCCCUGUUUGCAACGGUUCACAAUUCAAUAAAUGUUGGAUGAGUUUAACAAA